AUGUCAAACCAGGAAGAGUUGAUAACUUAUGAGGUGCAAGGCAAAGCAGCCAUAAUUACGUUAAAUAACCCGAAAAAACUUAAUUCACUAACAAUCCCCCAAUACGAUGAAAUAUGCAAAUACUUGGAAAAUGCCAAUGAACACCCCGAAACUAUUAUUACUUUAAUUCAAUCUACAGGAAGGGCAUUUUCAGCUGGUGCAAACGCAGAGUAUAUUGGCAAACAAGAUUCUGAGAUAGAAACAUGGCUAAACUUGUCUGUUGCAAGGCAAACCUAUUUAGUCCAGACUAUUUUGAAUCAUAAAAAAGUAUUGGCCGUUGCUAUGAAUGGUUUUGCUAUAGGAUUAUCUGCUGCUAUGGUUGCACUAUGUGACUUGAUCUACGUUCAUGAUCUUUCUAAAACCUUUUUGUUAGCUCCGUUCACCAACAUUGGAAUUGUAGCGGAGGGGGGAACUUCGGUGACCUUACUCAAUAGGUUAGGCUGGUCCAAAUCCGCAGAAGCGUUGUUACUAUCGAAAAGGAUAACAGGCUCGGAUAUGCUAAGAACAGGUAUGAUUAAUAAGGACUAUGGGGGGAAAUUUAGUACAACCAACGAAUUCAAUGAAACAGUUUUGAAAGAGUUACUUGAUGCUAUAGAAAAUUUACACCCAGAUUCCAUUCUUCAAAAUAAACAAUUGCUCAAAGCAAUGUAUAAACCAACAAUAUCCGCUGCAAAUUCACAAGAAGUAUACAGGGGACUUAAACAUUGGACGUCGGGCAUCCCAAUGGAGAGAUUCAAAAAACUUACUUCUGGCGAACUCAAACACAAAAUGUAA